CAAAAUCAACCUCAUCCGCUGCAAACACAACAAUAUUUCGGAGGACAAUAUGAUAAUGAUAUAGAUUAUUAUAAUAGAUCACAAUCACCACCACAAUCACCACCACAAUCACCACAAAAUUAUUCUACGAGGUUUGCAGUAGAUCCACGUCAAGUCACACGUUCGCCAUCUUAUGGGAGAUCAGGAGAAUUAAGUCGUAAUCGAUCCAUGAUCAGACCAGAAAGGCACCGACCACGACCUACAAUGAUAAAUAAUCAACAUCAUAGAACAGCAUCUAUUGAUCCUAAUCAAUCUCAAACUAAUCCACAACAACAAGGACCAUCGAGAUUAUCGAGAUAUGGAAGUAAUGGCAGCCAUCAUAAAAAAAAGGUCAAAAAAGAUCUUUUUGCAGAUUUUCAUUUUUGGCCUUUUUUUGCAAAAGUUGCUACUUUUUGGGCACCUUCUUUCAUCAUAUCAAAAUGCGGGAUGCGUGACCCUUUAGUACGACAGGCUUGGCGGGAAAAAGUGACACUGUGUAUGAUUAUUAUAUUCAUUUGUUUAUUAUUGGCAAUAUUAACAUUCGGUCUACGCCCAGCCCUAUGUCCCGAAGAUACAUCAUCACGUGCCGCUUACUCAAUCCGACAAGACAACAAUUCCCUCGUAAAAGUUGUAAGAGAUGAUGUGCUAAUCUAUGGAAAAAUCUAUAACUUUAGUUUAGUUCAAAGCUAUUUAUCACAAGUGAAUAAUAUCACUAUGAAUACUAAUUUCAAAGGAGUCGAUUUGAGCCCAUUAUUUGAUAAUACGAAUGGCGCAUGCGCACGAUACGAUGCCCUCGUUAGCAAGAAUAUUACUGCUACGUGUAAAGUAGAGGAUCCGUAUUCUCCAGGUAUAUUUUUGCAAGCGGCUGAUGGUAAUUGUCUGCCGACACCGAAAAUCCAGUCUUCGGGUAGUUUGGCAUAUGAAUGGUUUGAUAUUCUUCCCAAUAAUAUAAAUCCGCGUCCUUUUUUGAUUGUGUAUAAUAAUGCUGUGAUAAACAUCACCCAAUACGCAAUAAAUAAUGUGCCGUACUUUGGUACGGACUUGCACCGAAUACUCGGAAAAGUUGUCGCAAAAGAUGGGACACAACUUUUAAAUUCACGCGCCCAAUACAAAACUGCCAUGAAUUGCAUCGAGAGAAGAUACGCGGCUGGCGUGUUAUCCACCCAAACGAUCGGCUGUUUCGCCACAAACAUAAUCAUGCUUGUCUCGUUGGCAGUGAUUUUGGCAGUAAUAGUGAUACGAUUUGUUAUGGCCAUUGUGUUUAGUUGGUUCAUGUCCAGUAAGCUCACUAAAGUGGUAAAGACAAAGGAUGGGUUACAGGUGAAAGGUGAUCCAUUAUAUACGAUUAUGUUGGUCACGUGUUAUUCUGAGGGAGAAGCUGGUCUGCGUACUACUAUGGAUAGCUUGGCUUCUACUGAAUAUAGCGAUAAACAUAAGUUGUUUUGUGUAAUUGCUGAUGGAUUGAUCAAAGGAGAAGGAAACAAAAAGACAACACCUGAUAUUUGUUUGGACCUUAUUGAAUUACCACCAGACAUACCUGACCCUGAACCAUGUUCAUAUAUUGCUAUCGCAGAUGGCGAGAAACAAUUCAAUAUGGCCAAAGUGUACGCAGGACAUUAUACAAAAGACAACCAUCGAGUUCCAGUUAUUUUAAUCGUAAAAGUUGGAAGUGAAAAGGAACAAACAACUCCUAAACCUGGUAAUCGUGGAAAACGAGAUUCACAAAUCAUCUUGAUGAGUUUCUUCCAACAUGUCUACUGGAAUGAUCGUUUUACCGAAUUAGAUUAUGAACUGUUUUGGAAAAUUUAUUAUUUAAUGGGAGUGACCGCUGAUAAAUUCGAAUUAAUAUUAAUGGUUGACGCAGACACCGAAGUAGCACCCACUUCACUCACUUAUAUGGUCUCCGCAAUGAAAACAGAUCCGAAGAUUAUGGGACUAUGUGGCGAGACACGAAUAGCAAACAAGACAGCAUCAUGGGUAUCAGCAAUUCAAGUAUUCGAAUAUUUCAUUUCCCAUCAUCUAGGUAAAGCAUUUGAAUCGGUAUUCGGGGGUGUGACUUGUUUGCCUGGAUGUUUCUGCAUGUAUCGCUUAAAAGCACCCAAAGAAGAUCAAUGGAUUCCAAUUUUGAGUAAUCCGGACGUGGUCUCAGAAUACCAACAAAACAUCGUCACGACGCUGCAUUCCAAAAAUCUGCUACUACUCGGAGAAGAUCGAUAUUUGAGUACACUAAUGCUUCGAUCAUUUCCGAAGCGCAAAAUGAUGUUUGUUCCAGAAGCAAUGUGCCAUACGGUUGUGCCGGAUGAGUUUUCUGUCCUGUUGUCGCAACGUCGUCGGUGGAUUAAUUCUACAGUGCAUAAUUUGUUGGAGCUGGUGUUGGUUAGUGAUCUUUGUGGGAUUGCUUGUUUGUCCAUGCAGUUUAUGGUGAUGUUGGAGUUGAUUGGAACUGUCGUGUUGCCGGCUGCUAUUUGCUUCACGAUUCUUUUAAUAUUAAUGACUAUUCUCACUAAGGAUGCACAAGUUAUUCCACUACUGCUAUUAGGCGCGGUUUUGGGAUUGCCUGGAGUGUUAAUUGUCAUUACAACACGAAAAGUAGUAUAUGUCAUGUGGAUGAUUGUCUAUUUGUUAGCCCUUCCAAUAUGGAACUUUGUUCUACCCGUAUACGCGUACUGGCAUUUCGAUGACUUCUCAUGGGGCGAAACGCGUAAAGUAUCCGGUGAUGAUGGAGGCGACGACCACGGCAAAAAAGCCGGGGUAUUUGACACAUCUAUGAUCGUGAUGAAAAAAUGGGAAGAUUGGGAGCGUGAACGAAGGUGUAUGACACUGAAGAAGUUACCGUUGCGUAAUAGUAUUAAAACGGGGUCGAGUGAGGCUUCUAGUAGAACUGCCGUUGAUCGAAAUAAUCAACACCAACGUCAGCAAGGAAAUAGGCACCUCGUAUCUGAUCCAACUUUAGUCCCGCCUAAACCUUUAUAUGCCAAUAGCGGAAGUAAUAGAUCAUCACAUGAACAUGAAUAUCAGCAAAAUCCAUACCCACACCAACAACCGUAUCCUGCCUCACAAUCACAAUCAAGUUUACUUUCUCACGGAGGAAGUGGUGAAUCUCUAAAUUCAACACCAUCGUCACGUGGUCGUGUGUCACCAUUUGCAACUCCUAUGAUAGAGCAAAAUACAAAUUUCUUUCCACCUCAUAACUUCACAUCUGGUGGACCUUCGAGCCCUCCUCCACAAACAUCUUCGUCGUCGCGUCGAAACUUACUUCCGUUUGAGGCCAGGCAGAGUGUGCCGAUGCAGUUUCCUCCGCCAAGGCAUGACUCGGGAUAA